AUGGGGAGAGGUAGGGUUCAGUUGAAGCGGAUCGAGAACAGUUCGACCAGGCACGUGACGUUCUCAAAGCGCAAGGGCGGGCUGCUUAAGAAAGCCAAUGAAAUCUCAGUGCUCUGCGAUGCUCAGGUCGCUUUGAUUCUCUUCAGUUGCAGGGGCAAACUCACUGAGUUUAACUCUCCGUCCUCCAGCAUGGAUAGCAUUCUGGAGCGAUACGAGAGAUGUUCGCACUCAGAACAACUCGCUGGAAGUAACAACGAUUCCCAGGGAAAUUUGUCUUUGGAGUUAUUCAAGCUCACUACUAGGGCUGAAGUUUUACAGAAGAACAUAAGGAAUUACGAAGGAGAGGAUCUGGAUCCCUUGAGUUUGAAGGAGCUUCAGAGUCUGGAACACCAGCUUGAAAAUGCACUGAAGCGCAUCAGAACCAAAAAGAACCAAAUCAUGAUAGAAUCCAUCUCAGAGAAGCAUAGAAAGGAAAAGGCAUUGAAGGAUGAGAACAACAUGCUAGCAAAGAAGUUGAAGGAGAAGGAGAAGUCACUGACAAAUGGCGUGGGUCCCCGAAGUAGGCAGCAAACCCUACGCCAAUGUCCAUUCAACUUCAACGUUUCUCCACCGCAGCUACCACCGCCACCACCGCCACCUACUCUAACUCUCGGUGGAGCUUGCGGAGAAGGAGGAGCGAUGUUGCAAGGGGAUGAUGACGCUGAAGCUGAAGCUGAAGCUGGACCCAAUAACAGCGUCGUCAUGCCACCUUGGAUGAUGUUUCAUCACAUGCCUAGCUCUUACAUUUGA